AUGUUUCGAAUCCUUCAAAAUCAAACGAGAAUUUCAAAGAUAAUACUUUCUCGCAAAUGUACUCAUUUACCCUUAAAUUUGUCUCGUUCUAUACAAAGAGCUUCUGAAGUAGCAGCGGAAACAGCUUCGGUUGAAAAAGUCGAGCAUGGUCGAUUUUACUAUGAUAAUAUAUACCCUCUUAAGAUAGGGUCUUUUGAUGUUCGGCAUUUUCUUGUUAGGUCGAAUAGAGAUAGGCUAGAAAAGAAAUUGAAAGCAGGAAGAUGGAUUCCUGCUGAGGCUGAAAUGCCAUAUAAGUUUAAAGUCGAAGGUGUAGAACCUAGAAAAAAGGAAGGUGGAAUGUUGGUUAAAUUUACUUUUCGAGUAGAUCCAGUUCAAAGAGAGAAGGCAUUGGAGGAAAUAAGUCAAAAUGUACAGGCUUUUUUGAAAGACAAAAAUAUUAUACCAUGGUUCAACGUUCGCCCAACCAAGGCAUAUUUGGUCAAGGGAGAACCGUUUAUUGAAGAUUUAACUAAUAGAUACCCUGCAAGCCGUUUACGUAUUGAAUUUCAAGGACCAGAUGUUUCAAUUGAAACUCUUUAUAAUUACCUCCGACCAUAUGGCAUAAUUCGGGACAUAACUUUAUUACCAUCAUCUUCUAAAGAUCUUCCACGAUACGUAAUGGUACUAUACUCGAGAAUGCGAUCAGCUACUAGUGCCAAAAAUUGCGUACAUGGAGUAAUUGUGAACGGCACAAGAUUGAAUAUUAUAUAUGAUAUGCCUCUUAAAACAAAUCAAGUUUAUAAUUGGAUGGCAGCUCAUCCGAGGAUUUCGGUUCCACUUAUUGCUGCCUCAAUUGCUUUCAUAACUUAUACCAUUUUUGACCCAAUCCGCGUCUUCUUCAUAACAUCAAAAGUCACACAACGGUUCAACAUUCAGGAAUAUCGUUUGUAUCAAUGGCUUAGGAAGGAGACAAUUGAUCGAGUAAGGGCUCUUCGUGAAACGUCCGAAGACGAAGAUGAAUCUUUCGCUGAUCUGAGUGCUUGGAAAGAAAGAGAACAGGAAGAAGCUAAAUUGCUAAAUUGGUUAAAAGAACCACCAGAAACGUUUAUUGUUUUACUUGGUCCAACCGGCAGCGCAAAACAAGUGGGAUAUUUCCCUGUUUUCACUCUCUUGGUUACUCUUUCAAAUUUGAUUGAUGGAUUUGCCAGCGCAACUAUAGGGCAGAAAACGGUUGGGUUUUCUUCAACAACUGAUACUGAAAUUAAGAAAAUCCUUGACGCACUUGCAAUUUCUUUGCAUGAUAUCGCACCUGAAUCAUUAACCAAGAAGUCAUGGUACAAUCAGAAAAAAACACACGACUAUCUUGAAGCUCCUAUAGUUGAUUCUUAUGACCCGGCAGAAAUUCCUAUUAUAGUAAUUGAUGCUUACAUGACCAAGGAUAAGGAAAGUCACGAGUUAUGGGAUCAUUUGGCAAAAUUAGCUGCUUUACUUGUUGAAAAUAGGGUUGCGCAUGUAGUGUUUGUAAGUUCAAAUAUAGGAAUUAUCAAGCAUCUAAGUCGAGCUCUUCCAAAUAAGUCAUUCCAUUAUGCUGUUCUUUCGGAUGCCCCACAUGAAAGAGCCAUUAGUUUGGUAAAGCGUCAUGUACAUGAUAAAAACCUUGAAGGAUUGGAAGAAGCCGUUGGUGCACUUGGCGGGCGGUUAACGGACUUGCGACUCUUUAUUAAUAAAAUACGUAGCGGACAAAGACCAAUUGAUGCGCUGCAAGAUCUUGUUGUUAAAGCAAUAGUUGAUGUCCGUAAACUUGCAUUUGGUGACGACAAUGAAGACGCAACAACCAUUCCUUGGAGUGGCAUACAAUUUUGGGAAAUAAUGAAAAAAUUAUCGAAAGGGGAAACUGUAUCCUAUGAUUCUGUGAAAUUUUCACCGAUAUUUGGUGGAGACGAUACUCAAAUUAGAGCUAUGGAACAAGCUGAACUAAUAUCUAUUACGCAGUUCAAUGGUCGUCCAAAUACUAUAAAACCUGGGAAACCACUUUAUCAAGCGGCUUUUGCGGAAAUUAGUCUUGAUAGAUUAUUUGCAGCAACCAUGGAACUUCAAACAACUCAACAUCUUUUAUCACUUGAGAAUAAUAAGAUCAAAAAGUACGAGGAUGAACUUGAAAAAUUGGGAUCAUUAUUUGUUAAAAUAGAUGGUAAAUGGUUAUUUGGUAAUGGUAAUGUACCGGAAACCGUAGAUCAUCGAGUGAAAUUCUUGUUAUCGUUAUUGAAGAAAAGUCAUGUACGCACAGAAGCAUAUCAAAAACAAAUCGAAGAACUUAGAAAAGUGAUUGCAUUAGGAUGA